GAACACUCAAUCUCUUGAUGAUGUAGAGGGCAGACACCUCGAUGCUCUUACUUCCUGCCUUAAGAGAGGCACAGGCAGCGCGGAGGCAAAGGACAAAAGACAGUCUGUUGGUUCAGUGCCGAAGGGCUACUUCAGCAGCUCCUCUUCCACCAUGGCGCUGCUCCCACGUCGAGUUCUGACCCGUAUCGAGAUCAGGCCGGGCGGCCUUUUGGGCUGAUGAUGACCGAACGGACAGAGAGAAUCAACGUGCAAGCGAGGCACGUUCAUCUUCCUCAGCCUGGCGGUCCGGAUGAUCAGAGCACUAAACCUUAGAACCGGAAACUAAGGCAACCCCAGAAUGACCCCAGGUCAGCCCGGCCCAAAUCAUCUCCAGCACAGUCGUGGGAUUCCCAUCAGAUCAGGAUCAGCUCCGCAUUCGCUCCCACCUUGUACUGGAUUCAGUGGCAUGAAUGUAAUGGUUUUUCAUGUCUAACUGCAGCUGCAUUUCCGGCAACAAAGCAUUGCUGGUGAACAGAUGAUGUUCAGGUGGCCUAAAUCCCGGGCUGAGAGUGAGGAUGCAUCAGCAUCGGCUGCCCUGUGACUCACUCACUCCAUCCAGACCCUGGAUCAUACCAACCUUAAACAGAUGGGGAUUUGUUAAUAAAAUUCAUUCUAACUCAACUCAAAGUCAGCCCAGUGACAUUUGGGGUCACCAGGAAGGAACGAGACCAAGGAAGACCGUGCCAGUGUACAAUGAAGACCGUGCUUCUCUUCUUCAGCCUUUGCCUGACAGUCAUGGCGGAAACAACUGGCAGUGUAGAGUUCAAGAUAGAGGAAGUGACAUUGACAUGUCCAGAAGAAUUUACAGCUUGGGACGAUAAGUCAGAUUGGAGCUUUCCAACUCAUACACUAAAAUAUACAGCAGAUGUGAAAGGAUUGCAUAAGUGCAAAAAAACGGAAACUGAAAAAUAUUACUUCUAUAUUAAAGGAUAUGUAUGUCCUAAUUGCUAUGAGCUGGACGGAACUCUGGUGAUCGGUUUUGUAAUUGGGGACCUGCUGGUGACUAUGGGAAUCGUCAUCCUCAUCUACCACUGCGCCCAGAAAAAGUCGGGGUCAUCGCCGGCAUCAGCUGUUGCUCGCCCUGGACCCCGAGGCGGUCAGCGUGGGCCCGCUGUGCCUAACCGGGACUACGAGGUUUUAAACCCGAGAACUAGAGAUGCUACAUAUGCCGUCGCUGGUGUAAACCGGACCGGCUAGACUGCAGUCCUUUCGUUCCUCCUGAUUUGGAGCCUUUGCCCAGCAGACAUCAGCUCGGUCUCCAUCUUGGCCAGCAGGAUUGACCACAUUAGUGGUACUGAGCUCAAUACCCGCAACUUUUAAAAGAUUUUCUUAUUGCCGAUGCUUUGUUAUUUUAGUAACGUCUUGUAGUAGAUCAGCUACCUUUGUCAUUUGUUCAAGUAAAAAAAAUAUAUAUAUCAAAUUUAUAACAUCGGUUUUUUCCGUGAAAAUUGUUGAGACAUUGGGCCCAGAAUAAUUUUGGUCUGAAGUAAUUAAAAUGGUGGAAAUAUUAGAUUAAGUCAUCACGAUUAAGUCCCUAAUAUUUAAAUUUUACGUAAAUCAUAAACGAUUACCAAGUAAAAGAAAUAAGUUUUAUUUUUUACAAAAAAAGAGUAGUACCCAGGGGAGUUUCUAGAUAUCGAAAAGAUCAGGGGCUAAGUCAAGGUAACCUGGGGCUCAACUUCUAUCAUUUAAGGUAGAUUGGCAUCGGGCUAAAAUACUCGGGGCUACAGCCUCUAGUGCUCGGACCUAUCAAUGCCCUUAUCUAAAGGUAUAAUAAUAUAAAAAAUAUAAAUAUAAAUAAAAAAUAAAUAAAAAUUACAUUUUUGAUUGAAUAUUUGCUACGUUAACCAACGAUUUUUUUACGUUAACCAACGAUAGAGAAAACAUUUGUGCUGCAACAUUUUUAAAACAUUUAAUACAAUUCAUAAUACGCGUAAUAUACAUAAAAAAAUUAUGCGAAAAUUCCCUCAUUCAGUUUGUCUGUGCUCAAUCAAUCAUAACUUUUACAGUAUAUUUAAAAUCUUAGUUUUGCUUUACUAGAAUCAUUAUGUUUUUAAAUAUGUUUCAUUUGUUUUUAAUAAGCUGUUAAGCUUUUUAGAUAUUCUGCAUUUUUUCCAUAUUGAAUGCAGUUCACACUGCUAUUAGUCUAUUAAGAAAUUAUUCGUAUGAAAAUCGGAUGGCAUUAUCUGUUUAGUUUGAACUGAAUAUAAUGUUACAUCUUGCAGCAUUCAACAGGCUUGUGUAAUACUGUGGUUCUGUGCCAUUCAUAAAAAUAGAGCUAUGUAAACAUC